UAUCAGUCCUGACGACAACGGGAUCCUGGAUCGCCGACGUCGCUCGCCGUACCCACAUACGCCAAACUACACACCGAUCGGUCUCCGCUCGUCAGCGUCACAGUCGCCCGCUGCAACGGCGUUCACCCAACGCGUCCGACACGACCGUCAAUCCGAUACCUAUAAUAUUAUUUAUUUUUUUCCGUUCGCGUAUUAAAUCUCGUAAGCGCCCCCCCCCCUUCCCGUCGAUAUCGUCGCCGUAUCCUUUAUCCGGUAUACGGGAGCCGCCGGUGAGUCCUUCGCGCGAUCGCUCCGAGGAAAAAAUUUUCUUCGAAAAUAUCCUUUCUAGUCUGUUAUCGCGUCACCGGCAACGACGUCCCCCGCUCCGUACCUACCGGUGCCGGUUCACUACUACAGCGCGACGGGAAAACGAUCCAUCAAAAAUUAAACCGUUUUUGAACAAGGGAGCAGCUGGCGGAAUGUUCUGCUAUCAUUGCCCAGCGCCCCCAUUACACCCUACACCAUCGACACGGAUACCAUCAAUCGACUAUCCGUUUUCAUCGUCACAUCCAUAUACUAGUUAUUCGUAUCAUCCUGCAAUUCACGAUGAUUCAUUUGUUAGACGUAAACAAAGAAGGAAUCGAACUACAUUUACGCUACAGCAGCUCGAAGAACUGGAAACGGCAUUCGCGCAGACUCACUACCCUGAUGUAUUUACUAGAGAAGAUUUAGCAGCUAAAAUUCAAUUAACCGAAGCUCGUGUUCAGGUCUGGUUUCAAAAUCGGAGAGCGAAAUGGAGAAAGGCCGAAAGACUGAAAGAAGAGCAAAGAAAACGAGAAGAACACGAUAGGACUGGUUCACUACAAGAACAGCUGGAUCAUAUGGCUAAAGAUAUGCAACAUUCGCCGUCCGCAAAAGCUAACGCAUUAGAAGGUGAACAGAGAGACGACGGACAUAGUGGCAGUGAACCAGACGAAGAUGCCCGUACCAGUACAGUUCACAUAUCGGAUCGUAGCGAAUCACCUGCCAGCUGUGGCAUGAACGGCGGUCCAGACGAUAGGCCAACGUCACCGUCGCCAACAGGAAAUGGAACCGUUGUGGUAUCAGAUUCGCCGACGCCAAGUUUAAGUCCUUCGCAAAUUCGUCCACCCAUUAGUGUAGCAACGUCGACAUUCAAUCAUUCAAUAUUUACACCAUUCUCUUCUGAAGGAAAUGGAUUCAGACCGGUGUCUGACCCUGCAAUAUCCAGACCAAUAUUCCUUCCGCCUCAUUUCGGAUCGUUACCAUCUCCGUUAUUCAGUGGUCUCAAAGGGUUCGGAUGCAGCUGUUGCACGAUGAAGCCGUUCGGAUCGAUGGCCGACGGAGGUAGCGGCAGUGGCGCCGAGCAUCGUUCGUCUAGCGUGGCCGAGCUGCGGCGUAAGGCUCAGGAACACUCGGCCGCGCUGUUCCACAGCUUGCAGCACGUGGCCAACAUGCAGCAUCACGCGGCCGCGGCCGCUGCGCUCCAGUUACCCGUCGGCCUCGGGCUCCAGUUGCCAUCGCUCACGUCCACACUGCACGCGCUGGCCGCCAACCGGAAACCGGAACCGCAAAUGCCGCACCCGCAACCGCUAUCGCUGACCACGACCAGUACCACCACCACUGCAGCCACGACGGAACAGGCCACUUCGAUAUCGCCGCCACAUCCACCUACGUCGUCCGACAACUGAAUCGCGGGCGACCGGCCUUAGUACUAGACCUAAAUAAUUAUUGAAGUGGUGGUCACAUUCACCCCCGCAAACGCCUCGUCAUUAACGAUCGACGGGGUUCGACCCAGCGCGUAUAUUCUUUGCCAUAUUAUUAUUAUUAUUAUUAUUAUUAUAAAAACAGCAUUAUUACUACAACACUAUCGUAAGUUGUCAGUGUAUCAUAUUGUUUAAUUUGGGCGCAUGUUGUGCAGGACGUGUGUGCGUGAAGGAUUCGUUACGAUUUCAAAUUGGCCACUGCAGUCAAAAAUUCUCCGGAAACACACAAAAAUAUAAUACUACGUAUGUAAUAUACGCAUAUUAUUAUUAUGCGCACGAAACAAAAUCUGUUGACAGGCUUACAGAUUCAAAUUUGUACAGUAAAAUUACAUCGAUUAAAAUAAUAUUAAAUUUUUAAACGUUACGUUAACUUAUAAUAUGUCGGUUUCUGUUUGUUUUUUUUG